UGGCGGGGCGCAGGAUCUUCGGCAGGCUGCAUCACCAUCCCGAUUUACCGGCCGCCCUGCUCCUGCUCCCCCCCGGAGCCCGCCGCCCCCCGCAGCUCCCUCUACCCGCCGGUGGUGGCCUCUAUGACCGCCAAGAGUAAGGCGUCCAGGCGGCGUCGGAUAGAAGGACACUACAGCCGGGUACACGCUCAGACCGACCUCGACAGCAAGCUGCAGCUGAUCACCGGGCACCAGCGGAUGAAGUACGUGGUGUACCCGCAGAGCUUCGCGCUCCACUCCGACCGCUGGUACCAGCACUUCACCAAGACCGCCUACAGGCCGGGACUCCCGGAGACCAGGAGAGGCCUGGAGGAGGACGAGCUGGGCCGGAUCCGCUCUCUGCUCUGUGAGCGCCUCCUACAUCACUACUACUACACCCGGAGAGGACGGAGCUUCCUGUACCGGGGACACCUCACCUCUGCCGCCCCCUUCAUCACCGACCUCGCCAACCUCCUCACCGUCCACUGUAACAACCCCCACACCACACACGGGAGCUGGGUUUCCAUAGACGUGAAUCCGCAGGUCAAUUUCUAUUGGUUGCGUGGAGAAGUUAGGGUUCCUCGGGGCCACAGGAAAGGAUGUAUUGAUCCUGUCCGCUUUCAGAUUGAUGAUAGCCCACUAGUCCAGCUCAGAGUGCAGAAACCACUUCCAGAGUUUGUUCCUCUGGAUCAUGUUAUACCUGAAGAGGUUCCAUUCAUCCCUUAUGAGCCGAGCAGAUUACCUCUCUUUAGAAGACAGUAUGAGAACAAUAUAUUCAUUGGUGCCAAACUAAACAGUCCAUGUAGCUUUGGCCAUACACAGUUUCACCUGGUGCCGGAGAAGUUUCAGAGAAAUCGGAUGGAGAAGUUAAAUCUUGCAGACCAGAUUGAAGUGUUUCUACGUGCCAAUGCUAUAGCAAGUCUUUUUGCUUGGACUGGAGCACAAGCUAUGUAUCAAGGUUUUUGGAGUCAGGCAGAUGUGACACGGCCAUUUGUCUCUCAAGCUGUUAUUUCCGAUGGGAAGUAUUUUUCAUUUUUUUGCUACCAGCUCAAUACAGUAGCUCUGGCAGUGGACUCUGAUAAGGAUCCCAACCGCAAGAACAUUUGUUGGGGAACGCAGAGUGCUCCUUUAUUUGAGGCUGUGGAAGAAGGGGAUGUUAAAGGGUUCAAUGACGACGUUUUUAGGCAGCUUGUUGACUUCUUUCUGAACCGUCCAGAAUAG